AACCUAUCAUUCCCAAUAGCAAAAAAAUGAAUCUAAGGAGUAAAGGUCAUGCUUGCACUGAAAAGAGAAGCGCGCACGUUAGUCCAUGAUGGCGCACAAGAAGCUCAGUGUCACCUUCUCCUUUUUUCUCCAAUUGUAAAAUCCUUGUUAUGAUACUGUGUAUAUAUAUACAAACACAAACCAAAUCGCAUCUACUCGGUUACAGAAACAUGGGACUGUGCCAUCAUCUCUCUUUCUCUUUCUCUCUCUAUCUCUCUGGUUUAAUUAAUUGAAUUAAACUAAGUUCAGCCAGGAAGAAGCAUACAGUUGUUUAGGCCCCCUUCCUCUUUCUCUCUCUGUUUCCUUAACCAGACACAAUAUUCUAUAGUUGGUGUAAAACCUCUCUUCUCUCUCUGUGUUUUCAUAUCUUCAUCGCUAACGCUCAAUUGGGUGUUCUUUUUUCCGACUUUCUUAUGCGUAUAUAUGAUUCCCACAAAUCGAGGCAGGCACUUUGCUCCUGAAGAUUGGAUUUUUCAGGGCUAAGUACAAUUGCUUUCGGCUUUUUUCCCGCGUUUAGUUUCACUUUAGGUAAUGAAGCUUUCGUAAUUAAUACUCCUAAAAAGAAUGAAUUUGAUUUAGAAGAACAAGAAAAAGAAGACGAACGACCCAUUCCAUUAAAGUGUACAUUAAUGUUAAGUUGUUGUAAUUAUCUAUAAAGAUGAAUACCAGAGUAAAGACGAACUUGAGACCCAUGAAAACUUCAUUCAAAGAUCCAAAGGUUGAUACGCAAAUGCAAAUGGAGGUCGAGAAAACAAGCACAAGCACAAACACAACCACUACCAGAAGAGGAUCAGUGAGAGAAAGAAAAAUGGCAUUGCAACAAGAUGUGGAGAAGCUAAGGAAGAGGCUUAGACAUGAAGAGAAUGUUCAUAGAGCUUUAGAAAGAGCAUUUACAAGACCUUUAGGAGCUCUUCCACGUUUGCCUCCAUACCUCCCUCCUACAACAUUAGAGCUUCUAGCAGAAGUUGCUGUUUUGGAGGAAGAAGUUGUGAGGCUUGAAGAACAAGUGGUUCAUUUUAGGCAAGGUUUAUAUCAAGAAGCUGUCUAUAUUUCAUCAUCUAAAAGAAAUCUUGAAAAUUCACUUGAUUUUCAAGAAUCAAGUAAAAACAAGUCAUCCAAGUUAUCACCUCAAAUUGAGACCAAUUCAUCAACAACCCUUGUCGAAAACCCACCUAUCAUUUCAGAGAACCAAUCACCAAAUGCCACGAAGAACAAGCACCGAUCUCCAAAUCCCAAAUCUCAUACACCAGCAAAAAAAUCAGCAAUUGAUUCUAAGUUGACAGGGAAGCGUUUAGAUCCUAAAAAAUUACAGUUUGAAGGUAGAGCAAUGGAGGGUGUAAAUGUAGAGGGAAAAACCAGUUUAGUUCAAGAAAAAGGAUUAUUAUUAGGAGACGAUGAUCCAAAUAAGAUUUCUGAAAGUAUUUUAAAAUGUUUGAUGAACAUUUUCAUACGAAUGAGUUCAACAAGGAGUAAAAGUACAACAGAAAUGCCACAUUCAUUGACAUCAAAUGAAAUUAUGAAAGAAACAACAUUUAAAGAUCCAUAUGACAUCUCUUGUGAAUUUGAAAAAAGAGACAUUGGCCCAUAUAAAUAUUUAUACGCUAUCGAAGCAACCUCCAUCAACAAAAACAGAACAACAAAUUCUGUGUUUUUAAUACAAAGAUUAAAGCUUCUACUUGGGAAACUUGAAUCAGUAGAUCUAAUGAGUCUCACCCACCAAGAAAAACUUGCUUUCUGGAUCAAUAUUUAUAAUUCGUGCAUGAUGAAUGCAUUUCUUGAGAAUGGAAUACCAGAAAGUCCUGAAAUGGUUGUUCAGCUAAUGCAAAAGGCAACAAUAAAUGUUGGGGGACACUUUUUAAACGCAAUCAGCAUCGAACAUUUCAUAUUGCGACUUCCUUAUCAUUCAAAAUUUACUUUCGUGAAGGGUGUAAAGAAUGAUGAGAUAACUGCAAGAAGUGUCUUCGGUUUGGAAUUAUCAGAACCACUUGUAACCUUUGCUCUCUCUUGUGGAAGCUGGUCCUCCCCUUCUGUAAGAAUCUACACUGGCUCUCAAGUUGAAAAUGAACUUGAAAUUGCGAAAAAAGAUUAUUUACAAGCUGCAAUUGGGAUUUCAACAACAAAUAAAAUGGUGGAAAUUCCAAAACUAUUGGAUUGGUAUAUGCUUGAUUUUGCUAAAGAUAUGGAGUCUUUAUUAGAUUGGGUAUGCCUUCAAUUACCAAAUGAGGUUGGAAAGGAAGCAAUGAAGUGCCUUGAGAGAGGAAAAAGCGUGCCACUUUCACAUUGUGUUAGAGUUAUUCCCUAUGAGUUUCAAUUUAGUGUAAAACGGUCUAUCAACAUUAGUGUCGGGUAUCAGAUAUCAGAUAUCAUCAGAUAA